UGUAAUUUAAUGCUGUAAGAAGUGAAUGCUGUGGGAAUAUAAAGAAGAGAGUUUAUUUCUCGUUGAGUAGAAACCAUGGGAAGGAAUUAGCAUUUGAGUUAGACUUCAGACAACGGAACCGGUUUCAGCUGUGGGAAGAUAAUGACUGUAGUGAUGAAAAGAAAUAAUUAUAAUGAUGGAAGUGAAUGUUUGCUAGGCACUUACCAUAUCCUAAGCACUAUUUUAACACUUACAGAUGGAUUAUCUCAUUUAAUCUUCACCAGUGCCGAGGUGCCUUUGAUGUUUCCAUUUUAUGGUUAAGGAAACUGACCUACAGACGUGUGCCUGUGUUUCCACUGCCAGCCUGUGGGGGAGGCUUAAGCACAUAAAGCAUUCAUCAUGGAGAAAGGACCAUUUUGAGACAUUUUUCUGUUGCCAGUGAGAGAGGAAGAAGCCACACAGAAGCGCACCCUCCCGUGUAUGUAUCUUGUACUGCUUUUUAUGAAGCAGCUCAGUAAUGAAGCCACCAUUAUGUCCUCAGUCAGUGAAGUAAAUGUUGAUAUCAAAGAUUUCCUAAUGAGCAUUAAUUUGGAGCAGUAUCUCUCUCACUUCCGUGAGCUGGGCUUUAAUACCGUGAAGGACUGUGCGGCAAUAAAUGACGGCGUGCUGCACAAGAUUGGAAUAUUACCUACAGGGCACCGGAGGAGGAUCAUCAAGCAGCUACAGCUACUCUUGUCAAAGAUGACAGAUAUCCCAGUAUAUGCAAAUAUUCACAAAACAAAGAAGGAUGAUGAGACUUCCAGGGAUCACCAUGCUCCACCUUCUGGACAGGAUGCCUGCAUAGAACUUUCCGAUUCACGUGCUGUUCAGACAGCAAGCCCAGCGCAGUUGGAGACUGUUACAAAAAAUCUUGAUCAAGAUGACACUAGUGUGGAAAAUAGCCAGUCUCUUAAAUCAGAUGAUGAACUGUCACUUCCUAAACACACCCUUCCCAUUUCAGAAGAACCACACCUGCAUGUAGGUUCUGUUCAAGAUUCUUUAUUUAGUAGUGAAAAUACUAAAAUAGCAUCUUUGGUGACAAAGACGACUCUGGAUUGUGCAGCUGAAGAACAACAAACAGAAAAAGUUGAUUUGAUCUUAGAAAAUGUGAGCAAGCUUCCCGAUGUCGACCCUGAGUGUCUUUCUUCCAGCGGCUGUUCAGUGUCAGAAGCCAGCUCUGGAAAUGGAACGAAUGGUUUGUUAGAAAGAUCACCACUGUCCACUUUUAAAUUUCAAGGAGAAAUGGUUGUAAAUGAUUUGUACGUUCCAUCGUCACCCUUCUUGGCACCUAUGAGAAGCCGUAGCAAGUUGGUUUCCAGGCCGUCUCGAUCUUUCCUGCUAAGACAUCGGCCUGUGCCAGAGAUCCCAGGGUCAGGAAAAGGAAUCUCAGCGAGCCAUUUUCGAGAGAGAAAAAACGUUGCUACCUCAACUGGAAAAUCUGUGACACAGAAAAAUUCAAAUGAGGAGAAUUCAUCUUCCAUCCUGCCUUAUGGAGAGACCCUUCUCUUCCAGAGACCAGAAACUACCAGGAAGAAGUCUGUAAGGAAUGAAUUUUGGACCCAUCACGAAACACUCAAAGGAGAAGCAACUACUGAAAGAAACUCUCUUUUUGUCAAAUCAAGCAUAUGUGACACCAGGAAGGAGAAUGUAAGCGAAGACAAAGUGGAAGAUAUUUGGAUACCUCGAGAGGACAAAAACAGUUUUCCGACAGAGUGUGCUUCAGAUUCAGAAUAUUCAACGGUAGAAGAAUGCUUUCAGAGUUUAAGAAGAAAAAAUUCAAAGGCAUCUAAAUCUAGGACUCAAAAGGCAUUCACCAUGGACCCUGUUAGUAGGCACAGUUAUCCAUUAAGCUCAACAAGUGGAAAUGCUGAUUCAUCAGUCCUGUCCUCAGAUGCAAUAUCUCCUUAUGCUUGUUUUUAUGGAUCCUCUUCGAAGAAUGUUAAGGCGGGAUGGCUAGACAAACUCUCCCCUCAAGGAAAACGCAUGUUUCAGAAGAGAUGGGUGAAAUUUGAUGGCUUUAGCAUUUCUUAUUACAAUAAUGAAAAGGAGAAGUUUUCAAAAGGAAUAAUUCCCCUUUCUGCUAUAUCUGCAGUACGAGUUCAAAGAGACAACAAAUUUGAGGUUGUUACAACACAAAGAACUUUUGUUUUUAAAGUAGAAAAAGAAGAGGAGAGAAAUGAGUGGACCAGCAUACUGUUAAAUGCACUGAAAUCACAGUCCCCUUCCUCAAAGUCUCAAGCACCUGUCACACCUGAGAAAUGUGGAUAUCUCGAAUUGAGAGGGUAUAAAGCCAAAAUUUUUACUGCAUUAAGUGGAAGCAGUGUGUGGCUUUGCAAAAACGAACAGGAUUUCAAGAGUGGACUUGGAAUUACCAUAAUUCCCAUGAAUGUAGCAAAUGUAAAGCAAGUGGACCGAACUGUGAAACACUCGUUUGAAAUAAUCACGCCCUACCGGAGUUUCAGCUUUGUGGCCGAGUCUGAGAAGGAGAAGCAGGAGUGGAUUGAAGCUGUGCAGCAGUCGAUAGCAGAAACUCUCUCUGAUUAUGAAGUAGCUGAGAAGAUUUGGUUCAACGAGUCCAACAGGAGCUGUGCCGAUUGCAGAGCCCCGGACCCUGACUGGGCGUCCAUCAACCUCUGUGUUGUCAUCUGUAAGAAGUGUGCAGGACAACAUAGAUCUUUAGGACCCAAAGAUUCCAAGGUUAGAAGUCUAAAAAUGGAUGCAAGCAUUUGGAGUAAUGAACUCAUCGAGCUUUUUAUUGUCAUUGGAAACAAAAGAGCAAAUGACUUUUGGGUUGCUAAUCUUCAAAAAGAUGAAGAAUUACUCAUGGAUGCGCCAGUAGAAAAGAGAAAAACCUUCAUUACUCAGAAGUACAAAGAAGGAAGAUUCAGAAAAACACAUCUGGCAUCUCUCACCAAGGAAGAAUUAAAUAAGGCUCUGUGUGCUGCUGUGGUGAAGGCGGACGUUCUGGAAACGAUGGCUUUGCUCUUUAGUGGAGCGGAUGUCAUGUGUGCGACCGGAGACCCCGUGCACAGCACCCCCUAUCUGCUGGCCAAGAAGGCGGGGCAGAGCCUGCAGAUGGAAUUUCUGUACCAUAACAAGUUCUCAGAUUUCCCUCAGCAUGACGUUCAUUCUGAAGGUGGGUUCAGCCCAGAGCCCCCCCAGUGGACGUUCCUCUGUGACUUUCUGUACCAGGCUCCUUCUGCGGCGCCGAAACUCUCUUCAGAGAGAAAACUGCUGGAAGAGACAAAUAAAAAGUGGUGUGUUUUGGAAGCAGGCUUCUUGAGUUACUAUGAAAAUGACAAGUCUACCACUCCUAAUGGCACCAUCAAUAUCAGUGAAGUCGUCUGCCUGGCUGUGCACAAAGAGGACUUCUGUUUGAACACCGGGCCCAUCUUCACCUUUGAGAUCUAUUUGCCCUCAGAACGUGCGUUUUUAUUUGGAGCUGAAACAUCUCAAGCCCAAAGAAAAUGGACAGAGGCAAUAGCUAAGCGUUUUGUUCCCUUUGUUGCUGAGAACUUAACAAAACCUGACUACGAUUUGAUUGGUCAACUGUACUACAAAGACUGCCAUGCCCUGGAUGUGUGGAGAAAGGGCUGGUUUGCUAUGGACAAGUCUAGUUUGCGCUUUUGCCUCCAAAUGCAAGAACUUCAGGAAGAUAGAAUGAACUUAAGAAGACUGCAAGAGCUAACAAUCAGCACAAUGAUCCAAAAUGGGGAAAAAGUGGAUAUCUUGCUCUUGGUAGAAAAAGGGAGAGCAUUGUACAUCCACGGGCACACCAAGCUGGAUUUCGCAGUCUGGCAUGCUGCGAUCGAGAAAGCAGCAGGUACAGAUGGUAACGCUUUAAAGGAUCAGCAGCUCAGCAAAAACGACGUUCCCAUUAUCGUGAACAGCUGUAUAGCAUUUGUUACGCAGUAUGGUUUAGGGUGCAAAUAUAUCUAUCAAAAGAACGGUGAUCCUGUGCGUGUAAGUGAACUCCUGGAGAGUUUCAAAAAAGAUGCAAGAAGGUUUAAACUGAGGGUUGGAAAACAUCAGCUUGAAGAUGUGACGGAUGUGUUGAAACGGUUCCUGUCGGACAUCGACGACGCCCUUCUCACUAAGGAGCUCUACCCCUAUUGGAUCUCCGCCUUAGAUACCCAAGAUGACAAGGAAAGAGUGAAAAAAUAUGGAGCAUUUAUACGUACUCUUCCAGGGGUCAAUCGAGCAACAUUGGCAGCUCUAAUUGAACACCUUUACAGGGUUCAGAAGUGCUCAGAAAUCAAUCAUAUGAACGCCCAUAAUUUGGCCUUGGUCUUUUCAUCCUGUCUGUUCCAAACGAAGGGACAAACCAGCGAAGAAGUGAAUGUAAUCGAGGACUUAAUUAAUAAUUAUGUUGAAAUAUUUGAGGUUAAAGAAGACCAAGUCAAACAAAUGGACAUAGAAAAUAGCUUUAUUACCAAGUGGAAAGACACUCAAGUUUCCCAGGCUGGAGAUUUGCUAAUUGAAGUGUAUGUUGAAAGGAAGGAACCCGACUGCAGUAUUAUUAUCCGGAUAUCUCCUGUGAUGGAAGCAGAAGAAUUAACUAAUGAUAUAUUAGCAAUAAAAAAUAUUAUUCCUUCAAAAGAUGAUAUCUGGGCCACAUUUGAAGUAAUUGAAAAUGAAGAGCUAGAGCGCCCUCUUCACUACACAGAAAAUGUGUUGGAGCAGGUGCUUCGCUGGAGUUCAUUAGCUGAACCUGGCUCUGCUUACCUUGUGGUGAAGAGAUUCUUAACCACGAACACAGUCCAACUCUAUAACGAGAGAUGGGCCCUGGAAAAUAUCAAAGAGGGAGCCUUGAAAAUCAAAGAAGAACCAUCUAAAAUACUGGCUGGAAAUAAAUUUCAAGAUCGGUAUUGUGUUUUACGAAAUGGAUAUCUCAUUCUUUACAAGGAUCAGAAGAGUAGCAAACCUGACAAAAUGUUCCCUCUCAGUUCAAUGAAGUUUUAUCUUGGAGUGAAAAAGAAAAUGAAACCUCCAACAAGUUGGGGAUUGACAGCCUAUUCUGAAAAACAUCUCUGGUACCUGUGUUGUGAUAGUUUACAAGCUCAGAUGGAGUGGUUGGCCAGUGUCUUCAUUGCCCAACAUGAAAAUGAUAUACAGCCACCAGCUGGAAAGGAACGAAAACGCUCUAUAACCAAAAAUCCCAAAAUCGGAGGUUUGCCUCUGAUUCCCAUCCAGCAUGAGGGAAAUGCAACCCAAGCCCGGAGAAACAUUCAGAGUGUGAGAGCGGAACUGGAGAAGCUGCAGCUCAGUGGACAGCGCGACCAGGAGGCUGGGGACAGCACCUUGAAGGAGAGAGCCACCCUGGUAGCUCACUGCCUGGAGCACAGGGACGAGCGAGUGCGCCAUCGAACCAAGAAACACCGGAGCUUAAACUGCAUGGAGGACAGCGAGGCUGAGGCCUUGCAUGGGCAGCAGAAGGGCCUCAAAGGCUUAAAGGCCUUGGGGAAGACUGAGGACAGGAAUGGCAAAGCCACUCUGGUCCCUGGCAAUAAGCUGCCGUCAAAGGUCAUUGAAGAACUUAGCGUGGUUCUGCAGCGGUCAAGGACCCUUCCAGAAGAGCUGCAGGGUGACCAAACCUUGCAGAAAGAAGUCAAGUGAACCGCAGUUUUAAAAUAUGCUGGACAAUGUUUAUGUGCAAAUCAGAAACCAAACUGUAAGAUAAUUCAUGGUUUGUGCGAUUUGUCUAGCUAUAUGUAAGCAUUUGAAGAGCAUUUAAAAAUACAUAUGUAUAUAUGUGAUAAGUGUAAGAUUAACUUUAUUUUGGUGUGGACAAAGCUUGUACAGUUCAACUAUAUUAACCAUGUGUAAAAAGGCUUUGGGCUACUUUGAGUGGCCGACUUUUUAAGUGGUUGUUAAGUCAUGUAAUUUAUGAGCAGAAAUAUCAAACUGUACUGUAUUGUAUAAAAUGCUGUUUAAAUGAAGCCUAUGAAACUAUGUGUAACACAUUUUGCACUUUGAUAAACCUUGUAUAUUAAGUUCCCACAUGUUUUUGGGUUUACAUUGGGUGUGCCGUAGGGAAAAGAAAGGGCAGUAGGUUGAAAGUGGGAGGAUUUAUUUUAGUGACUGCCUAUCAGACAGCUUUGGGGUUUUCAGAAGACGUAAGUGGCCAACGUCCUAGCAGCCAACGAGGCCAGUGAAGGUUUAUUCUCGUUCAUCUUUGAGAAACUGCUUGUUAAGAAACUGUCUAGAGGCUAAGUAUUCCUCAAGAGUAAUAUGCAGUCAACAAAGAUCUAUAAUGGCACUGGCCACCCUUAUUUAUGGCGUGAGUGAACAGCCACAGUCCACAUUCACUACAGUCAGGUCUGGGGGCUGCUGCGGAGCACACCCCGCGUGGAGCCGACGCCGCGCGGAGCGGUGCCCGGGCCUGGGUGCCGUGUGCCCCGUGCUGUGUGACAGACCUUCUUUUUCAGUAGUUCCUUGCUAUGGUUUUGGUACGAACGAAGUUCACCAUCACAGGGUUUUGUUGUUAUUGUUAUUUUUGUUAUUGUUUCACUGUGUAUGUUCAUGCCUUGCUGUGUUAAGUAAGGUUGUGAUGUGUUUCUCUGCAAUGUCAGGAUGCACUGAAGUACAUGCGGCCUGCUGCGGUCGGAGCGACUGAACAGAGCUGUCUGACUCCCACUUACGCCUGGCUGCUGGGUUGGUGACUUUCCCAGGACAGACAGUACUACUUACGGUUCAUGUUAGGGGCAGCACUUUUCAGCAAUUUCUUAAGAAUUUUAUCAGCUCUGGAAAGUUUCAAUUAAAACUUAUGUAGUCAAGCGUUGUCCCUAGCAUUUCUUUUCAUUCCCUCUAUUUUUCAGGUGUCUUUCUUAUCAGAAUUUGUAUACGAAGGUCCAUACUCUGGUUAGUCCGAUCAUAGUAUCGUAACAUGCUGUUAAAUACUGCGAUUUCUUCGUUGUAAAAUACGGAUCACUUACAUUUGGCGGGGAUAAAAUCAUUUGCCCUGGAUAUGUGAUAUUUAUUCUUGAAAUAGUUUAGAAUUUUUUAAAGAAGAAGAAGCUGCAGGUCAGUUUAUAAAGUCAGUGGCACUACUGGGGAGCCUGUAUUUAGGAAAAAAUCUAAAAUAAACUCUUAUUCUUAAUAAGUGAUAAUAUUUAUGUUAUAAAGUAAGGAAGGGUAUGAAAAUUAAUGUUUGACCAUGUUGGGCAAUGGGAAAAGUAUCUGGAAUUUUUACCUGUCUUAUCUGAAUAUUUUUAAAACCUGAGUUUAAAAAUCUGUUUCCUUCUUUUUCUGUACAAUUCUCUCCAUUUUUCCAAGUGUAAGA